AUGGCUGACAUCAUCCUGACCGCACCUGCGCCGGCUCAAGCCUUCUCGCCCAGACAAAUUGCUACGUUCUACUUCUCUCUAUUCUUGGAUGAGGAGGGCAAGAUCACCGGAUUCCAGCAGUGCAAGGCGUGCAGCAAGUGCCGCAAGCACACGGCGGGCAUGGGCUACACCAAUCUGGUGUCUCAUGUACGCCAGAUGCGCACAGAGUUCGAAGAGGAGAUGUGCGACGCCAGCUCGACCAGUACCGGCACGCUGAUGCCGUGGGUGAACAAGAAAGCGUCAACCCGGUACGGCUGGCUGCACUGGAUCAUUACUAGCAACCUCCCCUUUUCGUUCUGCGAGUCGCAGGAGACUCUCGGGUUUACGAAUCUCAGUCCCAUCUCUGCGGAAUCGCUUGCGUCAACAAUGCAUCGGGUCACUCAUGCCGUCGAAUGCUCGGUUGCAGCUGAGAUUCCUGGCAGCUUCCGGCUAAUGCUGGAUGGCUGGAGCCAUCGAACGGAGCAUUUCCUGGCGGUGUUCGCCUGCUACGACGCCUCCGGCGGCCCUCGGUACCCGCUGCUGUCCGUGGCUCCUGUCAUGAAUGAGCCGAAUGACCAGCUCAAUGCGGAGGGACAUAAAGUAGCCAUCGAGCGGUUUUUGCCGGGUUUUAAUCGCCCAAAAACUGCUUGUUUAUUGUUGGCGACAACUGCUCCGUCAACAAGCGACUUGUCCAAUAUGAUUGACCAAGUGAAACGCCUUUCGCGUAAAUUGCGCACGCUAGUGCAAGCCGCAAAGCUACGUAAACGUUACUUUGUCCAUCCUCAGCCAAGAGACGCGGUGCUCGGCUGGUAUUUCCCACUUCGCGAGUUUAUUUUGGCGGACGACAACGAGCUCGACAGGCUUAUCCCCAGCCGCGCCACCCACCACGCGAUGGAGCAGCUGCUGGACAUACUGCGAGAUGUGGAAUCUGUUUCCAAGAGAUUGCAGUCCGAGUCGUUGACAAUUGUUGACGCUGAGGCUUUUUUUACGGACUUCUCGAAGUGUCAUUUUCGACACACAUUGCCCCGGAUGCCGAGAUCGUAUAAUGUCCAGAGUUUGAAGCCGCUGCUAUUAAAGUGCUGA